CGCGCCUUGUGACCUAGGGAUAUUCAACUUAACCUGAAGUUGAGGUUGGGAAGGAGACAGCCUGGGUGAUGAUCGCGGGGAGGACCUAUAGCUGUAGGUGAUGGCCAGGGAGGCUGGGAUCAUUUGGCAGCUAGAGAUUUGCCUUUGGGAACAAGGGCUCCACCAAACGGCCUGUUUCUUUUCCUCAGGCGUUCAGAGGAUCCCAAAGUCCAGCUAGCCCAUCAGCUGCCAGGUGGGCUCUAAAAUGGGGGGGUCCCGAGUUUUUGUUUUUUUUUUUUGAGGGUGCAAGGGGCACUUCUACCACCUGCCCCUACCCAUGACCUUCUCAGGCAUCCAUGGCUUUUUGUCCUGUCUCCUCCUCCAAGCCCAGGGGCUCAUUUCAACAAAGAGGGGGUCCUCCUCGUUUCAUCCACCCCCACUCCUCCUCUGAAGCCAUCCCUGGAUCCCCCAGACCUCCCUCCUGACUCCCAGGACCGUCCGACUUUGGGAGUGUUGAUUGGUGGUGCUGUGGUGGGCAGAGGGUGGGUUUUGGGGUGCUAUACUUUUUGACACUUUAAAGAGUAUGGCUAGGAGAAGUAGGAUCAGUGCAAGCUCUGCCAGGGAUGCAGGCCCAGGGAUGCCUGGGAGAGAGCAUAGGGCAUAGCACACCUACUCCCACAAGUUAGGUUUCACAGGCUUUUCCAGGCAGCAGAGGGAAGAGAGAGCGGCACUGAGUCCGCUAGCCCUCCCUUCCCCUACCUGAGCGGUAGUUACUCUGAACUGCUAUUGAGGACCAUGUAAGGAAAGAUGCGGGUUAGAUAGUAAGAAGGACUUCCUUACUUCUUAAGAAUGGGUUGUGGGUCUUUUAGAGGAGUCUUAAGGCUCAGGAGAAGAAGCCCCUUCUUCUUUGGGGCUUUCGGGAAGAAGGGGGUGUCCCCUGGAGCACCUAGACGACACCAAGGAGUGGGGACAGGGCAGGGCACAGGGAGAGAAAGGCUGGGAUCUUAUCCGAACCAUCACACGCCCUCACCUCCUCUGCCCUCUUACCCUACCUUGGAGCUGGAUGGGAAGCUGACUUUCCAAAACUCUUGGCCAGCUCACUCCCAAUCCUAAGCACUCAGAAGUCUCCAGGGAGGAAACAGGUUUCUGUUGUCACUACUUGAGAAAGGAGACAGACAUGGCUGUUUGGCGCUUGUCCCGUGGAACUUCAGGCCUGGCCUCUGCUUCCUGGGCCCAACCCCAAGCAUCUUGUAUGGGACUGGGGGGCCAGCAGGGCUGGCCUUGUUCAGAGCACCCAACUCGGUCCUCUAGGUGGGGGCUUCUGGCUCCUGUGGGGUCUGAGUCAUGAGACGACCCUCUACCCUACAUGCUAUGGCCUCUGGUCCCUUCCCAUCCCUUCCUCUGCAUGGGCUGACAAAGGACCUCACAGGAGAACGGUAGCUGAGAACCCCACUGAAGCCCAGGGUUCUGAAAUGCAUUUAUCAUCCAUCCAGCGUGGUGGAGAGGGGACCUGGGGAGCUGCGCCCCCUCCAUCCCACCCCUAAGCUCCCUGUGAACAGUACAGGCUGGACAGAAGCCUCCACAGGCACCCUGAGUCCCAGCCAGCGUGGCUAGGCACCAUCAAUUGCAUGUACUCCAGGACUGUUUUCUCUGCUCACCCUGGGAGACGGGAGGAGGCAGGCGGCUGGCUGAGAUGGCAGAGAAGCCACCAAGCUUGGUGGCAGUUCCUCCAGCUCACCGAAGGGCCUCUGGCUCCACGAGGACAGGAGCACGAGGAGGCUUCUCCUCUUCUAGAAUCUUCCUUGCGUAACUGGGUCCAUGGUAGGGUGGCCCUCCUCCCACUCUGCUCAUAGCCAGGAGAGUGACUGAGAUGGUCUGCUUGGGCCCUCACCCUGACUCCGUAGGACAGUUUGGGAUGUGUAUGGGGGAGGGGGACCUGGCCCAGUUCACUUGCCUCUUCCACUCUGAACCCGCAGAACCUCCGGAGUGUCCUGAGGUGUGGGGGUGUGGGGGGGUUUCUACAGUGCCUCGCGGUGCUGGGCACUCACCCACCGGGCAGCAGCUCCUUUUUAUGCAACGAAGACAGGGUCACAGAGCCCGGCCUGGCCGCCCCCAGCACACAGCUGCUCUCUCUGAUUUACCACUGUGGCUCUGUCUGUAAAGGUCCCAAGAGAUCAUGUUCAACCUAAGUCCUCUCUCCUUAAAGACCAGGAAACCAAAGCCCAGAUAGGCAGGGACCAGCUGAGAUUGGCCCGCUAGCCAGGCCCCCUUCUCAGGGCCAGGGCCUGGGGCCUGGCUGGAAGAGAUACAAGGUGGCUGUUGGCAGACCUGGGGGAAAUGCCAGAGUGUAAUUGGGCUCAUUAAGUGUUUGCUGAGGGAGUCUCCAUGCCGGGCUGAAGUUGGGAACAGGCCUAGAAAUUUCUCCUCCAGUUACCCCUUUGGAAGAGGACAUCUUCCCUGGCCUUCUGGGAGACAACCCUCUCCUCUGUGUGUUCUCUGGCCUUUCACCCCUGACCCUCUCACCCUCUGCAUAGGCAAGCAGAGGAUCUCACUGGCGAGCAGUAGCCGAGGAAUCCACUAGAAGCCAGGGGUUCUGAAAGGCAUUCGUUAUCCAUCCAGAGCUGUGGAGAGGGGACCCUGGGGGUUGUGUCUGAGUGCUCCCCCCCCACCAGCUCCAUGUGGACAGAUAUAGCUCUUUCAUAGGCUGCCCCCCCCCCAUCAUACUCACAGCCCUUCUCUCUGCUUCAGCCUUGGGCCCUCUCUCAGGGAAGGUGGGGAGAGGGAGGGGUACCCCCUUCCUGGGUACACUGGACAGAUGGACCCACGCAUGCUCUUUCUCUCUCGUCCUGUCCUUCCAUCUGGCCUCCUUGGCUCUGGUCCUAUCGAUUCUCACCCAGAGUGUGGCAUCUCCCUGCCUGGCCCCCGCCCGUGUCCAGGCUGUCUCUCAGCUAGGAGCUUUCUGCCCCCAUCUUGUCUUCUCUCUCUCUCUCCACAGAGGAGGCAAGAGCUCUUCAGCCCCUCCCGAUGCCUCCCCUCCCUCUGCCCUUCGAGGAGGGGAAGGUAUGAAGAGGCCACUGAGCCCGUCCCCCUCAGGCGAGAAGGAGCCCCCCACCACUGCAGCACCUGAGUGCCCCCCUCACUCUCCAGAGUCAUCGAAGCCUAAGCGGGAAAGGAAACGACCUUCCUACACACUCUGCGAUGUCUGCAACAUCCAGCUGAACUCCGCUGCCCAGGCCCAGGUGCACUGUGGGGGACGUGCCCACCAGAGGAGGCUUCGGCAGCUCAGCCUGGGCAAGACCUCCACAGGGCCAGCAGGCCCGGCCUCCAGCGCCCCCAGCCCCCUGCUGGCCUCCCUGACCCUGCCCACCCGGCCUCUGCAAACCCCGCUGGACUUCAAGCACUUGCUCGCCCUCCACUUCAAUGGCACCGCCCCGCUCAGUCUCUUCCCCAACUUCAGCACGAUGGACCCUGUCCAGAAAGCUGUCAUCAGCCACACGUUUGGGGUCCCCUCCCCUCUGAAGAAGAAGCUGUUCAUCUCCUGUAACAUCUGUCACCUGAGGUUCAACUCAGCGAACCAGGCAGAAGCUCAUUACAAGGGCCACAGACAUGCCAGAAAACUCAAGGCUGUCGAGGCUGCCAAGAGCAAGCAGAGGCCUCGAAACCUGACCCCAAAUGGGACGGUGGCAUCUUCAGCCUCACCUCCAGCCAGUGGAGGUCCCGGAAGUCCACAGAGCAGAGAUCCUGCAUCCCCUCCUCUCGGCCCUUCACUUCAGCUAUCACCGACCCCAGACACAUCAGCCAGAGAACCAGCCCACUCAGACCUCUCGGAUGCCGCUGCUUCCUCUUCCUCUUCUUCCUCUUCCUGCCCACCCUGCUCCCCGGAUCCUGGCUCUAGAGAAGCACCAGGGUCCGAGUCAGGAGAAGUGGCUGCGGGAAGUGGAGUGAAUGGGGAAGGCAGGCGUGAAAAAGGGUGCCUCUACUGCCCUACGUGUAAAGUGACAGCAAACUCAGCCUCUCAGCUGCAGGCUCACAACACAGGAGCUAAGCACCGAUGGAUGGUGGAAGGGCAUCAAGGGGCUCCCCGAAGGGGCCGGGGCCGUCCUGUGUCCCGGGGAGGGGCUGGACACAAGACAAAGAGAGUGAUAGGAAACCGUGGGGGUCGGCAGGGACCCAGCCCUCCCUUCCACUGUGCCCUUUGUCAGCUCCAGGUCAAUUCAGAGACCCAACUCAAGCAGCACAUGAGCAGCCGGAGGCACAAAGAUCGCCUGGCUGGGAAGCCCCCCAAGCCCUCCAGCCAGCAGAGCAAACUGCAGAAACAGGCAGCUCUGGCUGUGAGUGUCCUCAAGUCUAAAUUGGCCUUGCAGAAGCAACUCACCAAGACACUGGCAGCCCGCUUCCUGCCCAGUCCGCUGCCCACCACAGCUGCUGCCAUCUGUGCCCUGCCCGGGCCCCUGGCCCUCCGGCCUGCCGCAGCAGCAGCUGCCACCCUCUUCCCAGCUCCUGUCCUGGGUCCGGCUCUGUUCCGUGCUCCAGCAGGGGCCGUCCGCCCGGCUGCAGGACCCAUCCUCUUUGCCCCCUAUUAGGGGUCCCAGGAUGGCCACAUCCUCUCUCUUCCUGGCAAGCACUUGUCUCCACAUCCCAGGGACUGCCUUUGGCCAUUUGUGGGUUCCCACCCAACCUGGGGGCAACUGCUCUUCCCUCGGACUGGGAUCUUUCCAGUCCCCUGGGUCUGAGGACUGUCAUUACUCUCCUCUCCUGGGCCAGUCCUGGGCUGCCCUGCAUCUAUGGCUCCAUGAAUCCCAAAGAUCUAUGCAAAGUCACAGUCCCAGCCACAUGGUGCUCUCACACCCCCACCCCAUCCAGACUCACAGUGCAGACUCCACAUCUUAGCUCCCACAAGCCAGCCUCUCUCUUGCCAUGUUCUAGGGUCCUCUGAACAACCACUGGAAAAAGGGAGCUCACACUGACUGGGUUGGAACCUAUUAGCCGUGUUUACCAUGUGGUAGCCAGGUGUGGUGGUACAUGCCUACAAUCCUGGUAUCUGGACCAUGAGUUCAGUCAGUUUGGGCCAUAUAGCUAGAUAUUGUUUCAAAACAAACACAAAAGUUGACCAUGGAGUAUGGCACAGGACCAUGGAGGUAAGAGGCCCCCCAAAGUCCUUCAAAGUACUGUAAAAGUGAGGCAGAGCUGAGGGGAAGCUCCAUCUUCUCUGUAGGGGUGAGGCUAGGUGAGAGUGGUGAUCAGGCUGGACCUGACUGUAGCCCUGGCUGGUCUGGAACUCUGUAGACCAGGCUGGCAAACGCAAGAGAUCCACUUGCCUCUGCCUCUUGAGUGACGGGAUUAAAGGUGUGCACCACCCUGCCUGGCCCUGGCUUUAACAGAAGUGACCUGUCUUACCACAGCUGUCCUUCUUAACUUUUCAGUGGUUUCCCUUGAACCCCACCUCUAAGGGGGGGCUCUCCACUCCAGACUGGGGUCCAGUCUCUCCAACUGUGGAGCUCAGGGCUGGUACAGUCCUACAUGCCCUUAAGAUCCACUUCCACUUUGCCAAAGCCAGUACCACCCCCACUCAAUAUGGGACUCCGCCAGUAUCUCUACUUGUAUCCCCCCUCUCCCCGAAAGCUAUUUCCAAUGGGGCAAGAAGAAAAGGGUUCAGGGGAGGGAAACUUUUUGAUAACAGCAGUUGUGGUUUUAUUGUGUCCAACACAUUAAUAAAUGAACUUCAAGCCUGA